GGACAUGUUAAGAGCAGAAUUCGACAAGUUGAACGAAGCCGUAAAUCAGAAACAGUUAACUGGCAYUAGAAGUAACCUCGGCCAGAUACGACAACAUUCCAAUGGAACACAAGUGYUCCCUACACCUGGUCAAGGUCACUUAAACACAGCCAGCCACAAGGGCAUGCAUGUAGCAGAUGAUUCCGCUAAACCGAAGGAUGAAGGCUUGAAUAAAAAGAUGCCAGAUAAAUUAAAAUCUAUUGAAGGUCUCAUUCAUACUUCAAAGGAAGAAAAACAUGGCGAGAUGACGCAAUAUACAGAUGGGCCUACCCAAGAGAGACCAUGCUCUGUCAAGUUUGUAAGGYUGGGCUGUUAUGCUGAUAAACAAUCCCCUCCAAGACCACUGAAUGACCUACUGUUUGAUGAGAAUCAUCACGUGGACAGACCWAGAAACUUCCGUAGAAGUGUGUGCCGCUGUGCAGAAGAAACCAAACGAAAAAAAUAUAAUGUUUUUGGAAUUCAGUUCGCCAGUGCUGGAGUGGGAAAAAUGGUGAACGAACUUAUGGGAUCGACAAAUCCUCAAAUAAUUGCUUCAACAAUAGGCUGCAUAUCUGUUCAGAUUCAGACAAAAUGUGCGUUGGAGGUCCAGAUACUAAUUUUGUUUAUCGAAUAGAAAGUGAAAAUGGCGAGAAUCAAAUUAAUGAUGCAACGCUAGACCAUCUUGAUCACCUCAUCGACGCAUCAAUAAAACAAAAUCACCGCCUAAAAAUAAAAAGACCGAGAAAAAGACCAGAAUAUUGGGCACCUACUCAGUCACCAACAAGCUACCAAACAAAUAUAAAGGUUGCACAGGCUCUAACUGUAAGACCAGAAACCUUCCAGGAUGUACCUUCUCCUACACAACCACCACCUACUGAAGUGAGACAACAUGAUACUGCCAAAAAUGCGAACUAUGUCAAUUUAGUAUGCAAACAAUUUCUCGUCGAGCUGCUUCUUACUGUGCCAUGGCAUGACGACUUCGCAAUUCCAAGCUCGAGAAAAUAUUGGAAAUUACGACAUAGAGUCGAACCCGAGAUUUUGAAACUUUACGGUGAAGAUGAAGAUUUCCUGGGUGUGCAUAUUGAAAGGUUUAGACCUGCAAAAGCCCGAAUACAAACAAAAGCUUCCAUUCUCUUAAAAUUUGCAAGAAAUGGAACAUUUUUGUACAAACUUUUAACUGAUGCUCCAAUUACGUCAGCAGCUUGUUAUGAGCCACCAACACCUAUAUACAGCUGCCCAGCGUCUUGUCCUUCAGCAUGCGCUCCAUUGUGUCUCUCAAGCUGUUGCUCAGGAACUCCAAUCCCAACUGUAUCACAAUCAUACCAACCAAUGAGCUACAACCCUUAUUCAUACUCAUACUACCAGCAGCAGCAACAACAGCAGCAGCCAUAUCAAGUACCAAUGUACKGAUAUCCAGAGCAAUGGCGAACUGUACAGUCAUAUUACCAGCAGCCAAUGCGAACAUCCUAUAUAUAUCCCAAUACUCAAGCAUUUCAAYCACAAGUGCAGAGCUCCAAUGCACCAGCACUACAUACCCAAGCAACAGAUCCUAAUGUAUAUUUACCGACAUGUCCGUCCGACUGUAAAGCUAGAUGUGCCAUAACUUGCCCAAGACAUUGCUGUUUGUCCAUGGUACGAAGAUAGGUAGAGGCGACAGGACCGUAUAUCAAAGAAUAAAGUGGUCAUUCAUGUGGGAUCCCUGCACUAUUAAUUGUUUUUGGGCUUUCUUUAGCAAUUCUAACCCAUAUMUGGAAACAAACAAACAUUUUAAGAYUUUCAGACUAUUGAUAGCUUUAAAACUCGAGAWAAUCCAAAAUGUGUCCACACUUAAUUCCAAAUAAGGUAAGAUUKCCAUAUAUGGCUGCUAAACGAAUGAKAACMUUUCKUAAGAAAAUUKUUUGAAAUGACAGUGGAGUAUGACAAGAUAAAAAAUGUAAGAUAUUUUAAAUACAUUUCUGAAUACACGAUGGCAAAGUAGCAGAUUAUGAUGCAGUAAAAACUGACAAGACUUCAAUAUUUUGGAGGAUUACAUGCAGAAAUCUGUGCACAUGGCAAUAACUUGCUCUAUUGAACAAAAGUUGUAACCAGUUACGGUGUAGCUUUUUUGAGGUAAUUGCAAAUGUCAGUAGUACUUAACUCGUACUUGCACUGCAAAUGAAAACGAUAACACUGUUGUAAUGUUUAGAGAUAUGCAAGUUAUUGGAAAUUGCCCGAGCCUUAAAGAGACACAUCCAUAUCCUCGACCGUCUUUGUAGAGACUGUCAAUUACUUUGUAAAUAAUAGAAUGAACUUGUAUAUGCUGGAAAUAAAGAUAAUACUUUCUCUUCA